UUCAGAUAAAUUAUCAAGAUAAUAUGGUGUAUCUGGGAGAAUGCAGAUGGACUCAUAUGUUCCCUUUUCUCAUCGUAUCACUUGUGUAUUCUGUUAAUGCUGAAUAUUCUAAUUGUGGUGAAAAUGAGUAUUACAAUCAGACAACUGGGAUGUGCCAUGAGUGUCCACAGUGUGAGCCAGGAGAAGAACCUUAUAUGACGUGUGGGUAUGGCACUAGAGAUGAAGACUAUGGCUGUAUCCCAUGCCCAUCAGAAAAGUUUUCUAAAGGUGGAUAUCAUAUAUGCCGGAGGCACAAGGAUUGUGAAGGAUUCUUUCGGGCUACGGUGAUGACCCCUGGAGAUCAAGAAAACGAUGCUGAAUGUGGGCCUUGUCUCCCUGGUUAUUACAUGUUAGAAAACAGGCCUCGGAAUAUUUAUGGAAUGGUUUGUUACUCGUGUUCACUGGCACCUCCAAACACAAAAGAAUGCGCAGGCAUUACUUCUGGUGCAUCAGCCAGUUUCCCGAGCACUUCUGGCACAAGCACUCAUUCUCCUUUUCAACCUGUGCACAAAGGAGACCUUUCUGGACAAGGGCAUCUGGCUACUGCUCUUAUCAUUGCCAUGUCAACAAUUUUCAUAAUGGCUGUUGCUAUUGUCCUGAUCAUCAUGUUUUACAUUGUGAAAACUAAAACUUCAGCUCAAGCCUGCUGCAGCAGCCAUUCAGUGAAGACAGUAGAAGCCCAGGCCGACAUGCAAGAAGAAAAAACGGAAGCUCAAGAAAAUGUGGUGAUUUUCUCAGAGAAAGAUGAAUUUGGAAAACUGACAGCAACUCCAGCUAAGGUGGUCAAAAGUGAAAACGAUGCUUCUUCAGAGAAUGAGAGGCUUUUAAGUCGCAGCAUGGACAGCGAUGAAGAAGCUGCUGUUGACAAGCAAGGAACUCCAGAAUUGUGUUUGUUGUCCCUAGUACAUUUGGCUCGGGAUAAAUCUUCAACAAACAACAAAUCAACCGGGAUACAAAGCCGGAGGAAAAAGAUACUUGACCUAUAUGCUAAUGUAUGCAGUGUGGCAGAAGGCCUGAGUCCCACAGAGCUGCCCUUCGAUUGUCUGGAAAAGACCAGCAGAAUGCUCAGUUCCACGUACAACACCGAGAAGGCCAUUGUGAAGACCUGGCGCCAUCUUGCUGAGAGCUUUGGACUGAAGCGGGAUGAAAUUGGUGGCAUGACAGAUGGCAUGCAACUCUUUGACCGCAUCAGCACAGCUGGGUAUAGUAUCCCAGAACUGCUGACAAAACUGGUUCAGAUUGAGCGAUUGGAUGCUGUGGAGUCUCUCAGUGUAGACAUCUUAGAGUGGGCCCAAGUGAUGCCCAAGCCUGAUCCAGCUGUGACCUCCUGAUUUGCAUUUUUGUGAUCUUCAUUUCCAUAGGACUGAUGGGAUGAUUCAAAUAACAAAGGGACUCAGGAGGAGAUAAACUUUUGAAAGCCUCCAUAGCUUUUGUUUCAGUAUCGUUCUUGCUAUUGAAACAAUCAAGGGAACCAAGAUUUGUUCUUGGUUUUCAGAACCAAAUACAAAGAGCUCAAGCUGAAGACUUUUUCAACAAGACUUGUUUAUGUCCCCAAAAGAUAUUACAAUUCAUUUACAGUGCCAUUUACAAGCAUCGGUAGAGAUCAAUUUACUAGUAUCAUUGCUUGCUUUGAAGAAAUAUGCCUUAAUUUUGUUUGUGUCCUGGAUAAUGAGUGGAUCACAUCAAAAAUAGUGUUGGUAGAUACAUAAAUGAAGAUCAGUGCUGCUACACCUAGUAUUUUAUGAAUUAUCAUUUUCCUCUCAUAUAUCAUGGAUUUUGGGGAGAAAAAAAAUCCAGGUCUGUAGGUGAAGUUAGCUGAAAUAUAAUUGUUGCAAGAUCUAUAGCUUUAUUUCAAAAUUUAUUCAAAUUUUAGCAAAUAAGAUUUUGUAUAUGUGGCCCACACAGAGAUUUUAGCAAUAUUUUCAUAGAUACUAGUGGAAACAUAUAAAAUAAGCAGAAUUUAUUUAUUAAUAUUGCAUUUCAUAAACAUCUCAUUGUGGCCAUCUUUUAUGCACUAGAACAAACAAAUGGAAACAUUUGCUAACUCUUGAAAACAGAUCAUUAAUGAAGCAGAAGCUUAUAAUGCAUCUAUCAAAUUGAUCAGCUUUAGAUGCAGAUGAAAUUAAUUAUGGUUUCAACUCUUCUAUGGAAAACAUAUUAUAGGUUUCUUGACUAGAGUUGUUGCAGUCACCAACAGAAAUGGAGGUGGUAUGUUCAGUAUUCCUUCUGUGCUUUACUUUACCCAAACUGUUUUUUCUGGACAACUGUAAUAGGAAUACUAAACAAUAGUAGUUAAUGGGGAAACAGAAAGUAUCUACUUUUGAAAUGAGUUCCCUCUUACCUUUGAAUAUGGUGAACUAUAGUUCUUAUGAUCUUGGUUUUUUAACAAAUCUGGCUUAUGUCUGAGCAAACAAGCACACUAGUCCCGAUGUUUCACAGGAUGUGAACUUGCAGGGGGUUUGGGCAUGUUUGGGGAUGCGUUUGAUUUAAUUCAUCUUUUACUGGGUGGUAUCCAUCUGCCUAUGUCCCAUGUGAAUUAUAUUUAUCAUAGUCAUCAGGGCUUCAACUGCAGAUGAGGGCUCCUCAGAAGUCAUCAGUGGAGACUUUCUUUCCUAACAACAGGAUGUUGGACUAAGUACUGACCAAUAAAACUUUAUUGCUCUAAGUUAUUUUAUUUAAUGUUAAGGUUCUGAUUUUUCCAAUAUUCUUUAAAGUAACUCUGUAACAAGUUUGAAUAUGAAGCCCAUGAAAAUGUUGAUUGUAGGAAUACCAUACCUAUGAUGAUCUAUAGUUGUACAGGCAUAGUGCCCAUAAUUGGGGCAUAUUAUCCUGGAGAAUCCCCUUAGGGCCCUCCUUCUUUCUUACCUUCCAUCAGUGCUUGAGAAACUUGCAUCUGGACCAGUUCCUGUGACCCAUCCUGCUAAACUACUUUGUGCAAGAACGAGAGAAUAAUAUCUAUUAAACUUUAUCCCAGUCUCUAUUUAAUGUGCCCUUGGAUAGAAUGGGCUAUGAUCUUUAUUUGUAGAUUUAAAAGGAAUAGUCCCUGUUUUUAUUGGCAGGAAUCAUAAUUACAGAGCCCAAGAGUUGGUAGAAAUUUAAUUAGCAAGUUUGUUAAUAUACCUAUCAGAAACUGCUAUGUGGACAGAUUUCAGUAAGUUAUUAUUAAAAGAAACAACAUGCCUUUAAAACAUUUUUAAUUACAAGAAGCAUGACUGAAUGAAAAUGCUAUAACACUAUAACUCAUGUUCGGGAAAAUAAUAACUAGGCCAACCCCCUAGUGCCUUCAUUCUAAAUAAAAAAAUCAGUUUCUACUCUAAUGGGGUCACUGAGAUGAAUAUUUAAUAUUGUUGUGUCUCCAUGCAGCAUCCAAUUUGUUAGCCUGUGAGUUCUUGCAUUAAAGUAUAUUUUACUAUCUCAGAUGUGUCCUUUCCCCUCUGAAUAUGAUAAAAUUAUCUCCUGUAAUUAAUUUGUGAAAGCAAUAUUUGUUAUAGCUCUUUUUUUCCAGUGCAGCUUGAAGCAAUCUUUACAUCUCUUUUCAUAGAUACAAAUAAACAGAAUUCCAGAUUAGCACCUUGAAAAAGGGGAGGAAGUAGCUUUGGGUUUUAUCCUGAGAAUCUAUGGCCUGUAAUCUAGUGCACAGCUUGAAUAUUCAGAUGGAUGCUCAGAGCAAACCCAAGCGAUCUCUCUAGUGAAAGGGGACAGCUUCUCCUUCUCCUGUGGAAUUAGCAUUUGCAAAUACCACACCAUUAACCAUUACAUCAUGAGAUGUUGGAUGGCAGAAGAAGACCAUCCAGUGUUGCUAUGCUCAACAUCUGCCCCAUGACAAUUAUCCAAAGCUAGGCAAUUGUCAUAGCAGGUGGCAGGGUCUAGCCAAGUUUGGCUGAUCUUGAAAAAGCUAAGCAGAGCUGGGCCUACUAGAUCAGAAAUAAUAAUAAUUUAUAUCCUGC